UUUAAUGCGUAUUGUCAAAUAAUUCCGACUUGUCCUCCUUGGGUGAAGGUUCACUGCGGUGACUGUGACAGUGACAGUCUGGUUAUUAAUCGUUUUAUUCACAAUGUCUGGCCGUGUUCUUGUUGGAGUAAAGCGUGUCAUCGACUAUGCAGUUAAGAUUCGUGUGAAGCCAGACAACAGUGGUGUUGUGACGGAUGGCGUGAAGCACUCGAUGAACCCCUUCUGUGAGAUCGCUGUGGAGGAGGCGGUCAAACUCAAGGAGAAGAAGCUUGUUAAGGAGGUUGUGGCUGUCAGCUGUGGGCCACAGCAAUCACAGGAGACCAUUCGUACUGCUCUUGCCAUGGGAGCUGACCGGGGCAUUCACGUUGAAGUGAGUGGGAAAGAUUAUGAAAGCCUUGGACCUUUGCAGGUUUCUAAAAUCAUGGCUGCUUUGGCCAAGAAGGAGGAGGCUCAACUCAUCAUCCUCGGCAAACAGGCCAUCGACGAUGACUGUAAUCAGACUGGUCAGAUGACAGCGGCCUUACUGGACUGGCCCCAGGGUACCUUUGCAUCAGAGGUGUCACUGGACGGAGAUAAUGUCAAGGUGGUCCGAGAAAUUGACGGUGGGCUGGAAACUAUUAGGAUCAACACACCAGCAGUGCUGACUGCAGACCUCAGACUCAACACCCCGAGAUAUGCCACCCUGCCUAAUAUCAUGAAAGCAAAGAAGAAGAAGAUUGCUAAUGUGAAGCCUGCAGAUUUGGGUGUGGACCUUACAUCACGGUUGGAGGUGCUGAGGGUUGACGAGCCUCAACAGAGGCAGGCAGGGAUGAAGGUGGAGACAGUGGAAGACCUGGUGGCGAAACUAAAGGAUGCAGGAAGGGUUUAGAGACUUAAAGAGCAAAAGGACAGGAGCACACAAUCCAACAGGAUGGACUCUGGUGAAUUAGGACUGUACUGCAUAUGCACAUCCACUGAACGAGUUUAUGUAUCAGUCUUGUCCUUUUGUUUGUGACUGUUGCUCCUGAACAUGUGCAGUUAGGUACUAACAGGAGAAGAUGAUAACUGAGACACACUGUGCUGCAAUCAAACAUGUAUCAUUCAACCCUAAGGUAAUAAACGUUAUGCAAUAAAUUAAGGUUAAAAAACAUUGUACUUCUCAGACUGGUAAUUGUAAGAACUGUAGGAUGCAGCUGAAUUCAACUUAACAUUCAGCUUUUUGAUCUUGUAAUGUAGCCACACACAUGUAAAUAUGGACCCAGACGUGGAAUUUUUGUCUUUAAAGAUCAUUCUCGCUGCUGUCGCUAAUUUGUACAAUAUAUGUACAGUGACUUGCAAAAGUAUUUACCCCUUUUGGUGUUUUUUUGCCUCAUAGCCACUAAUUAAAAUGGAUAGUUUCAGAGUUUGCACCAUUUCAUUUAUAAAACAUGUCUACAACAGUUACAGCUUCAGCAGUUACAGCUGCAGGUCGCUUUGGAAGCCCUCCCUGUUCUUUUGCAGUAUGCUUUGGGUCAUUGUGCAGCUGGAAGAUGAACCUUCGUCCUAGUCUCAAAUCACAGGCUGACUGACAGGUUUUGCUCAAGAAUAUUCCUGUUUUUCACACCAUCCAUCUUUCCCAUGACUCGGACCAAUUUUCCCAAUCCCUGCUGCAUUCCCAUAGCGUGAUGCUGCCACCACCAUGUUUCACUGUGGUGAUGGUGUUCUUAGGGUGAUGGGAUGUGCUGUGUUUGCCCCAGACGUGGCGCCUGACUUGGUGGCCGAAACAUUCAAUUUUAGUCUCAUCUGAUCAGAGCACCUUUUCCAUACAUUUGGGGAGCCGCCUACAUGCCUUUUGGCAAACUCAAAACCAGUCUUCUUAUUUUCAACAUGAAGUAAUGUUUUUUUUCUGGCUAUUCUUUCAUAAAGCCCAGCUCAUGAGUUUACGGCUUAUUGUGGUCCCAUAGACAGAUACUUUGUCUCUGCUGUGGAAUUCUGUGACUCCUUCAGGGUUACCUUUGGUCUCUGUGCUGCCUCUCUUGGCAGGUUUGUUGUGGUACCAUGAUUUGAAGAUGAUUGAUUAGAUGGUGCUCCAGCGAACACCAAAGAUUUGGAUAUUUUUUUUUGUGAUCCCAUUCUCACUUGUACUUAACUUUGUCCGUGACCUUGUUUGCAGAACUCCUUGGUCUUCAUGGUGUGAUGCCUCCUGCUUAGUGGUGUUGCAACUUGUGGGGCUUUUAAGAAAAGGUGUAUUUAUACUGAUAGAACAUGUGACACAUACUAAUUAUGUGAGUUUUGAAGGUAAUUGUUUACACCAGAACAUUUUAGGGGCGUAAUAGCAUAGGGGGGGGUUACAUUUCCACAUGCCAAUUUUAAUUUUUUUAAUAUAUAUUUUUCUCAUUUCACUUCACCAACUUAGAUUACAGAUCCAUCACAUAAAAUAGGAUUUAAAAAAAUGUAUUUACAGGUUGGCAUUCAACAACAUGGGUAAAAAGCCACAGGGGGGUGAAUACUUUUGCAACACAUUGUAUCUGACUUGGUAUGGGUCUGACUGGACAGUGUGUCUCAGUACAUGCAGGGGGAUGUUGUAAUAAAACUGAAUUUUACCGUAAGCGCCUCAAUUCUCUGUUGAUUGUACAGAAUAUCACCAUAACAAUAAAGCAGCCAGUCAUUUUCAUAUUCAAAA